AUGCCCCCAAAGACACUCACCCUCAAGCAACGGCUAGCAGCACUAACACAAUCCCCGACUUCACCUGCGCCGCAAUAUGGACCAGAGCCCUCAACACCGCGUUCACCAGGUAAACGGAGGUUUAGUGCGCCUUGGCGAAGGGGGUCUAUCCAGGAUGGGUACGGAAUGCAGAGUGAGGAGGAUAAAUUGCAGGAGGUGAUGGGGAGGAUGAUAUAUCAGGCCGGCGUUGACUAUGAGACACGGCCAAUGGUCAUCAUGAAUGCGUCCGCCAUGCCCGACGCUCGAGAUGUAAAUUAUGACAUGUUACUAUCACGAAUACUAUCCUACUUGGAUCUCUAUGUGGAAUCGGACUAUACCGUCGUUUUCUUUGCGGCUGGGAACAAGAACACUCCAGGCUGGAACUGGAUGUGGAAGGCUUAUCGGAGUCUGAGUCGGAAGUUCAGGAAGAACUUGAAGAGACUGUUUAUCGUACAUUCCAACUUCUUCUCGAAAAUGCUUUUCUCCUUGGCCGGUGCCUUCAUCAGCCCAAAGUUCUUUCGCAAAAUUUCAUACGUUGAUACCCUCUCCGAACUUGCCUGCUCGGUACCUCUAACUCAGAUCGACGUGCCACCAGCUGUGUACCAAGAGAACUUGAAGCACGAAAGACAGAUCAUACUACCGAUGCCGUCACAUGCGAGUCUGUUCGGUGUGCCACUCGAGGAUCUUAUGGGUUUCGACGGCGAAAAGGGUGGAAUACCGAGGGUCGUGAAAGAUUGUAUACAAUAUAUACGGGAGAGUGGCAUGAUGGAGGAGGGACUAUUCAGACGAUCACCCAACUCAGUAUUAUUGAGACAGGUGCAGGAAGCCUACGACCGAGGUCAUGUCGUCUCGCUGGAUACAUUCGGCGACCCUCACCUCGCCGCCGUCCUCCUCAAGAAAUAUCUGCGUGACCUCCCCGAGCCACUUUUCCCCGAAGCCCUAUACCCCAUCAUCCAGCGCUGUCCCACACCGACAGACGACCCAACCGACUGGUCGGCUUUGCUGUACAUAAGAGAUACCCUACUUCCAGAACUGCCGCGGUGCAGUUAUAUUUUAUUGAGCCAUGUUUUGCAUUUGAUGCACGAAGUUUCGCUACGAUCGUCCACAAAUCUCAUGGACGCACGUAACCUCACCGUCGUCCUCUGCCCCAACCUCGUCCAAUCUCCCUCUCCCGCUCGCGAUGUCAUGAUGUGCGCCGUUCCCGGCGCACCCUCCUUUUCCACCCACUCCCCAUCCCCAGCCUCGCCUUCCCCCUCAGCCAACCUCAACUCCCCAAAUUCACCGUUACCACCUCCACCGCAUUCGCCCGUCACACCAUCGUUGUCCCAGUCUGCUGCCGCCUCGGCACCGCGACCGCCACAGCCGACGACGUUAGGGAUGAUCAUCAAGCUUUGUAUAAUGCGUUACUAUGAAGUUUUCGAUGAGGUGUUGGAUAGGAGCGAGGCGUUACCGGCUUCGAGGGUGGGCGGUGUUGUGGGCGGGAAUGGGAGCAUGGGAAGUGGCAGUGGUAAUGGAGUGAGCGUGGCCACGAAGAGGGCGUCGGUGCUUUCGAAUGGGAGUGCGAAGAGGGAUAGUAGGGCUUUGGACGACGACGAGGAUAUUGACGAUGCGAUGUUGGUAAUGCCCAUUGGGCCUGAUGCUGGACCGCAUGAGAAUAGGAAUGGCGGUAGGAACGGAAAUGGGUGCAUCGAGGGUAACGAGAACGGUGUGGCACCGUCAAUGUCGACUCCUCCGGCCCAAUUUUCGUACCCGUAUCGUGCCCGUCAAAGGCCCUCGCCGCUUCAAAACUCCAAUUCAAACACAUAUUCACCCCGGCACCCGCCACCAUCCGCCACCCGUUCCCUUCACACCGUCAUCUCCACCUCUGGUCCUCCUUCAUCCUACUCCCCUUCUUCACCCUCACCACAUUCUGCGUUCGGAGGCUCGGCUUCGAGGGCGAAGUCGACAAUUAGUAUCGAGAAGGGGGAGAAACAUGGUGGGACGUGGAGGAAGGGGAGUAUCUCGAUUGGAAGGGCGGGGAGUACGAUCGGGAAGAGCAAGAGUGUUGGCGCGGGGGUGGAGGCGCAUGGGAUUACGGCGAGUGGGUUCUUCACGCCGCCGCCUGUGCCGCCGUUGCCGAAGUUUGAUGGUGAGAGGAAGGAUUAGGUGAAGGGGAUGUGGGUUUGGAGAGGCAGAUGUUGGGUGAGAGAGAGUGAGUGAGGCGCGGACGUGAUGACGAUGCUGUACAUUUUUUGUAUAUGCCGUAUUCUUUGCUGAUCCACUCAUGGCUGCCUAGUGCUCUAUCUGUUGAUCUUCGUUGUCCAUUUUCCUGCUUAUUUGUUGCUCAUGGUUGGAUGUCAUCUUCUAUUCAGUCUAUCAUAGCCUGUUUUCUCUGCUACAUAUACUAC